CAAAAAUAGACAAAAACCAAAAACAGAAAAAGAAGCAAAAGCAAGUUUCUUGAGACAUAUAUAUGCAUCCACAUAUCAAUUUAGUUUAUAUCGAAGCUCUCUGGAAUGGACUGUCACGUAUAUUACGGCAUACAUCGACGAUGUGUUUUAAGGGUAAAGUAUAUUUACUAUUUUCUUUGUACAUUCGUAUUUACUCAUUUCCUUUUACUUUUGUUAUAUUUGAAUUUUGACGAACAUGUUUACUAACUUUUGAAAGAGAGGUACAAUAGUAUUUUUUGAUGAUACACUUUUAAACUCUAAUUAAUUACACGCCAUGACCAUAAGUAAUUAAUCUGAAAUUUAAUGUUAUCAUUUAUUUUAUUUUAUUUUUGCUAAAAUGUUAUCAUUUAUUGUAAGAAAUUAAAAUGUACAAGUAGGUAUUCAUCUAUUUCAUUCCAUUUCUUUUUCACACAUUGUCUGCUACUAUAGGAAAAUAUCCGUUUAACAUGAAGAAGACUUGGAUCUUAAAUUUCUCAGUGUUCUUUCUCCAUAUCUUUACAUCUUCGAGAGCAUUGGAUGUUAGUCAAUACGGAGCGAUUGGAGAUGGAGUUACAGACGAUUCUCAGGCGUUCUUGAAAGCCUGGGAAGCUGUCUGUAUCGGGACAGGGGAUGGGCAGCUUAUCGUUCCGGCAGGGAUGACAUUUGUGUUACAGCCCUUGAAGUUUCAAGGUUCUUGCAAAUCGACCCCUAUUGUUGUUCAGAUUUUGGGCAAUAUGGUUGCAUCAAGUAGAGGGAAUUGGGAAGGAGACAAAGAUCAAUGGAUUCUCUUCUCAGACAUAGAAGGGCUCGUGGUUGAAGGCAACGGCGUAAUUAACGGCCAGGGUUCGAGCUGGUGGGAACACAAAGGGAGUUCUAGACCAACCGCAUUGAAGUUCAAGAGCUGCAACAACCUUAGACUAAGUGGACUAACGCACGUAGAUAGUGCAAAGGCUCACAUUCAUAUAAACAAUUGCAACGGUGUGAGCAUCUCAAAUCUCCGGAUAAAUGCACCGGAGUCAAGUCCUAACACUGAUGGAAUCGACGUCGCUGCUUCAUCCAAUGUUAUCAUCCAGGAUUGCGUAAUCGCCACAGGUGACGAUUGCAUUGCGAUAAACUCGGGGACGUCUAACAUCAGAGUUUCCGGUAUAGAUUGCGGACCAGGCCAUGGAAUAAGCAUAGGAAGCUUGGGAAAAGAUGGAGAGACAGCUUCAGUGGAGGAUAUAUGUGUCCAAAACUGUAACUUUAGAGGGACUACGAAUGGGGCUCGGAUCAAAACCUGGCCGGGAGGAUCAGGUUACGCAAGAAGGAUUACUUUCAGUGGAAUUACUCUAGAUAACGUGGAAAACCCGAUCAUAAUCGAUCAACAUUACAACAAUGGAGGUUCUGAGAAAAAUACAGAUGAUAAGUCAUCGGCGGUUGAAGUAAGCAAAGUCGUGUAUAGUAAUUUCGUGGGGACGUCCAAGUCAGAGUACGGAGUUGACUUUAGGUGUAGCGCGGCUGUACCAUGCACAGAAAUUUUUAUGAAAGAUGUGAGAAUAGAAACACCAUCAUCAGGAUCAGGACAAGUCGCGCAAGGACAGUGCUUCAACGUGAGAGGUGUGUCCACACUUGCCGUACCAGGUUUAGAAUGUUUAGCACUUUCCACAGAUAUGUUAUCAUCGGCGGAGUUGCCGGAACAAACUUGUAUGUUGCCGCAACCAUCAGUGCAACCAAGUACACGACCGAUGCAAGAUCCAUUUUGGGUUUAUGGAAGCGGAGGGAAACGACUCAGAGUUUUUGAUGUAGUAUUAACUUCAUUUAUAUUUGUCGUUUUAUAUAUGUAUUAGGUUAUUGUUGGCAAAUAUGGAUCAUUUAUUUUGGACAGUUUCUCCGGAUUAAAAAAUCA